AUGGUCCGCGCCCUCAAUCUCCGCCUCGCCCUUCAGGCAACUGCUAUCAAGGUCUCGGCAAACCUGGUCACCCAGAUCAUCAUCCACUAUAGAACACCAGGUGUAUCGACUUUUGAUGUCCAGCAGGUACUGGAGUUUGCUAUCUAUGGGUUCAUAGGCUCUCAGGUCGGCAACAUCAUCCAAUUCAUUCUGGAGGACUGCUUCCCCACUGGCCACGCAAUCAGGGCGAACGAGAUCCUGCCGCAGGUUCAGGCGGAUGCGAAGCAGGUUGAGGAGAAGAAGGACGAUGACACGAGAGGAACGACUAGGAGAUGGUUCAAUAUCAGUCCGGAUCUUAUUUGGCGCAACGUUUUGGCGAAGUUGAUUCUUGAUCAAACAAUUGGUCUUGCCAUCAGCGGGUCUGUCUUUCUCAUCUGCACAAACAUCGCACGUGUUUCACACCCCUUCCUCGUUCUGGAAGUAAUCCGUAAUCGACUUUGGCCACUCAUCAAAGCUGGCUGGCAUAUCUGGCCAUUAGUCGCCGUAUGCAACUUCCUAUGGGUUCCUGUGCGCUCUCGGGUUUUGGUGGCUGUUUGUGUUGGGUUCGGCUGGAGUAUCUUCUUGAGCGUCUUUGCCAUGCGGAAAGGACAUUGA